ACUUGAGAGAGAGAGAGAGCAGCGCUACGCUAAGAAAGAUUCACGUUCACCUAACACCUCUCUGUAGCUGCCGCCACCUUAUAUUAUUAUAUCUCGUUUUCAUCGCCUUUCCCAUUUAACACUUUUUCCUUCUUAAUAUCCCUCUCUUUCUCCAACCCUUCCAAGCUAAAAUCAUUUUUUUUUUAAUUAUUUUAUUUAUUUAUUAAACCUUUGGAACUGGGGAGGAAAGGAAUAACUGGUUUUGUCACACAAGGUUUUAGGUUCAUCAAUUCAUGGGUGGAAGAAGAGGAAUUCAGCAAUUUCCCCACGAUGAUGAUAACCGAAAACAAAAUGAUUGGUUUUUUCUCUCUGUUUCCGGUUUAGGUUCUUCUCAUUCUGAAUGGGCUCACAACCCUGGUGGAUUGUUCGCUAGCGUAGGUCAAAUGGGAAUGGGGUUUGGUGCACCAAACCCUACACCUUCUCCCUCUUCUGAUUCCCAAGGAAGCAACAAUGGAGUCAGAAUCCCCUGCACUGAGUUGUACGUGAAGUACGUGCAUUCAGAAGGGAAAGUGAAGAUUGUUUCUGAAUCGGAGGAGUUAGUUAUGGAGGAAGAGGAAGGUGUUAAGGGGAAGAAGAAAAAGGCUGGGUUUUUUGGGGUUAAGAUGAAGGUUAAGGUGAAGAACCCUUCACUGAGGAGGUUGAUUAGUGGUGCAUUCGCGGGUGCAAUUUCGCGAACUUGCGUGGCGCCAUUGGAGACAAUAAGAACUCAUUUGAUGGUUGGGAGUAGUGGCCAUUCAACAGGUGAGGUGUUUCAGAAUAUCAUGAAGACUGAUGGCUGGAAGGGAUUGUUCAGGGGUAAUUUUGUCAAUGUCAUCAGGGUUGCUCCUAGCAAGGCUAUUGAGCUAUUUGCUUAUGACACAGUUAACAAGAAUCUGUCACCAAAGCCUGGGGAGCAGGCCAUGCUUCCUAUUCCUGCAUCAUUGAUUGCAGGUGCCUGUGCCGGAGUUAGUUCAACUAUAUGCACAUAUCCUCUAGAGUUGGUCAAAACUCGACUAACCAUCCAGAGAGGUGUUUAUAAUGGUUUAGUCGAUGCAUUCUUGAAAAUAAUUCAACAAGAAGGUCCUGGUGAACUUUAUCGAGGACUCGCCCCAAGUCUUAUUGGUGUAAUUCCAUAUUCUGCCACCAACUACUUUGCAUAUGACACAUUAAGAAAAGCAUACAAGAAAAUCUUCAAACAAGACAAGAUUGGAAACAUUGAAACACUCUUGAUAGGAUCCGCUGCUGGUGCCAUAUCGAGUAGUGCAACUUUUCCACUCGAAGUGGCUCGCAAGCAUAUGCAAGUGGGGGCACUCAGUGGAAGGCAAGUUUACAAGAAUGUUGUUCAUGCCCUUGCAAGCAUACUUGAACAAGAAGGUAUUCAAGGAUUGUAUCGAGGGUUGGGACCUAGCUGCAUGAAGUUGGUGCCAGCUGCAGGUAUCUCUUUCAUGUGCUAUGAAGCUUGCAAGAGGAUACUAGUAGAGGAUGAUGAUGAAGAAUAGAAUGAGUUUAUUUAGCUAUCUAAGGCUUAUAAAGCAAUGGCCUACGAUUGCUAUUAAGAGGAAGAGGUGCAAUUUUUUCCCCUUCAAAUGAGUACUUGGUUAAAUUAUCUUAGAUUUCUUUUAGAUUAUUGGAUUCUUUUUGAUCCUCUAUUCAGUUUUGAUAGGCAAUUGAGAAUGGAAUUAUGGCUUGUGUUUUGCAAUCAUUUCUAGUGGCACCUAACUAUAUUUGGUAGUCAGUACUUGGUUUCUUACUAACUGCUCAUUGUUACGGUGUAAAAGACCCAAAAGGAUAAAGGGUGGUUGUGCUAUCAUGUUCAUGAUGGAGUUUUUCA